AUGAGGCCAUCCCAGAUCUUGCGCGCCGGUGGCGGUGAGAAGAAGCCCGGACAAUACUUGGGCCCAUGGGGCGCACUAGGCUCGAUGCCACAGAAGGGCAUCGUACACUACGGCCUCGCGCAGAACCGACAGAACCCACUUGCUGGCAUAACCCGCGCCGCCGUUUUCAACACUUUCCGACGCACCCGCAACCAGAUCCUGUACUGGUCCAUUCCGCUGCUCGUGGGAUACGAAAUUAUGCAAUGGGCAAUCGAGAGGAACGAGUAUCUCAACUCGAAAGCUGGACGUGCCGAGUUCGAAGGCCAGGAGUAA